AUGGAAGGGAGGAAUCAUAUGUUGAAGACUUCCGCGGUUUUGUUGAUCUUCCUUUUCACGUCGAAGGCGGUGUGUUCUCCAGAGCUGGCCGGAGACUGUCGGGCGUCUUUUGUGGAUGCUUCAUUACUGAAUACACAGGUGAUAGCGGUCAGAAACGAACGAUGUCUCCUCGGAAUUUCCCUUGGCGAAAGAUUCUGGCGGCGGGGUCGAUGGGAUGGUGAUACUGCAAGUCAUCUUGAGCCAUCCAACAGAGGGAUCGACUGUCGGUCUGUGAAUUUCGAACCCACACAGUUGUCGGAUAUCUCAACGAGCUUGAGUCUGCUGAAGAGGAGGUACAAGUCUCUGCGUGGGGAGCGAACUUAA